CAACAACAACCACUACAACAACUAUAAACGAAAAACGAGGAGACAAUACGAGCCGUAAAUUCAACGCAAUUUGUUAUCAACGCGACAUUUUACAGCACUGUCCAAGCGGCUUUUUUUCUUGAAUACUCGCUUCAGCUGAAGCUCGGUUCCACCGCAACUCUCCAAACUCUCCACAGGCUCAGCAAUUUGAAAUUGUGCCAAAAUGUAUAAGCUAUUGGGUAGCCUGAAGAGCUACCUCAAAUGGCAGGACAUCCAGACGGAUAAUGCAGUCUUCCGGCUCCACAACUCCUUCACAACGGUACUUUUGCUUACCUGCAGCCUGAUCAUCACGGCCACCCAGUAUGUCGGCCAGCCGAUCAGCUGCAUCGUCAAUGGCAUACCGCCGCAUGUGGUCAACACCUUUUGCUGGAUUCAUAGUACGUUCACCAUGCCGGACGCGUUCAAUCGACAGGUCGGCCGUGAGGUGGCACAUCCUGGCGUUGCCAACGACUUCAAUGACAAGGAUGCCCGGAAAUACUAUACCUACUAUCAGUGGGUGUGCUUUGUGCUCUUCUUCCAGGCCAUGGCCUGCUAUACUCCAAAGUUUUUGUGGAACAAAUUCGAGGGCGGUCUGAUGCGCAUGAUUGUCAUGGGUCUGAACAUCACGAUCUGCACGAACGAGGAGAAGGAGGCCAAGCGCGAUGCCCUGCUCGACUAUCUCAUCAAGCAUGUGAAGCGUCAUAAACUGUAUGCCAUACGGUAUUGGGCCUGCGAGGUGCUCUGCUUCAUCAAUAUUGUGCUUCAGAUGUAUUUGAUGAAUCGUUUCUUUGACGGCGAGUUCAUAUCGUAUGGCACGAAUAUAAUGGGAUUAUCGGAUGUGCCGCAGGAACAGCGUAUGGAUCCCAUGGUUUAUGUCUUUCCGCGCGUCACCAAAUGCAUUUUCCAUAAAUACGGUGCCGGUGGAUCGCUGCAGACGCACGAUUCCCUAUGCAUAUUGCCGCUGAACAUUGUCAAUGAGAAGACCUAUGUGUUCAUCUGGUUCUGGUAUUGGAUACUGCUCGUACUGCUCGUUGGACUGAUGAUAUUCCGUGCCUGCAUCAUCUUCAUGCCCAAGUUCCGGCCGCGUCUAUUGAAUGCGCGCAAUCGCAUGAUUCCCAUGGAGACCUGCCGCACACUCUCGCGCCGCUUGGACAUUGGCGAUUGGUGGCUAAUAUAUAUGCUGGGUCGCAAUCUGGAUCCGGUUAUAUAUAAGGAGGUGAUGGGCGAAUUUGCCAAGCAGGUGGAGCCGGCGAAAAACGAUCGCAACAAGUAAACGAGCAGGAGAGCGAGCGAGAUAGAGAGAAACCCUCUGGAUGAUUAUAUUCAUAAUUACUAUUAUUUAGCAAAAAUCAAGACAAUUAGCUGAAGAAAACAAAAGCAAGAAAAAGACAAUCUAUUCAAAAAUCAUUUCCACCCACUCGAGAAGAAGAAGAAGCAAAAGAAAGAAACUCUUAAUCAAUGAUCACAACUCAAAUUCGAAAAAGAAAAGAAAAAACAAAAACUGUUUAAAUAUUUAAGCAU